AUGUUCUCUCCCUUCAUUCUGGUUUUGGCUUUGGCGUCUGUUGUCCUCGGUAGCCCCUUGUGGCAGCGACGUGAGGCUAUUCGUCGCAAUGACGUCUCGUUGAGUAACUGGGGCGGUUUGCAGUCCUUGAGCGGGUUUGACGACUUCAAUGGUGUCGACAACUUCAGCGGAUCUCAGAACGCUCAAGUCGUCGUGGUCCAAGAGCAACAGGUUGUCUGCCAAGUUCAGCAGAUUGAAGUCAUCCAACAAAAGCUGGUUAUCCUUCAGGAGAUGGCAAAGAGGAUUAUCACGGAACAGAUCUGCGAAGUAGAGGUUCAGACGAUUGUCCUUGAACAGUUCUCCUCUAGCAUUAGCAGCUUCAGCAGCGACCUACUCCGCCAAUCAGGCAGACAGGUUGGAUUUGAUAGCAACGUCGCUAGCAAGAUUUCCCAGUUGACCAACUCAGACGGCUCGCUCUCUUCUUCCGACCUUGGCUUCUCAGGUCGUGAUGUAGGAAAUAACACAGUGGUGGCGGCAGGAUCAAAUUGGAACGACGCUACUUCCCCCACUUCUGUGCAGAGUGCUUUAACAGCAGCACAGAGUGCAGCGGGAUUUGUGACUCUCCCUGUUCAGACUGCGUGA